AUGGAGCUCAACGCAGAAAUAAAAGACAGCGGCCUCUUCUUGCCUCCUGACCCGGGCCCAAUGGCUUAUAUCGGCGGCAUAAUUGCCACUAACUGCAGUGGAACCAAUGCCGUGAGAUACGGCGCAAUGAAAGACCCUGUCGUCAAUCUGACUGUUGUUCUGGCGGACGGCACAGUCAUCAAAACGCGGCAAAGGCCAAGAAAGACAUCGGCUGGAUACAAUCUCAACUCUGUAUUCACUGGAUCGGAAGGCACUCUUGGUAUUAUUACUGAAGCUACCCUCAAGUUGGCGAUACUGCCGACGAAUUUGAGCGUAGUAGCAGUGGCCUUCGGUAGCGGCAGCAUUUUCAUUGGUUCGUGCAGGAUUCCCUAUGGCCGUCUUGGAACUGAUGGACGAAGUGCAAAUGGAAAGAAUAAAUAG